CAGAGUCUUCGAGCAGUCCUUCUUCCUGACUGUCAAGGCCUUUCAAAAGUUUCAAGAUGACGUGAUUUCACUGGCUCAGUUCGCUCCUCUUGCUUUGCAAGACACUUAGUCUCUUGCGAGAUUCUUUCAAAAAGAAAAUAAGGAAGGAAGAAUAAUAAAGCUUAAAGGGGAAAAGAAGUCACGCUUACUUCACUCCUGGUCUUCAGAGGGGUGGCAUCUCACCAGCGGAGAGCAAGAAAGUGGCAAAUAAUAUGGAAAGAUGGGCCCAGCUGUGGAUUCUGAGCUUGGUGGUUGUUGUCCCUGGAAAAGUUGCCCUGGAUUGGAACGUCACCCAGAUGGUCAGCGGGACCUGGAGAGCUCCCGCCAUUUUGCCCUGCGUGUAUGAACCCUCCUCUGACUUCAAGCAGCUCAAGGUGACUUGGAAGUUCUUCCAGCCAGGCGAAGCUCCUCGCACCAUCCUGCACCGCGAUGCCUCCGGGGACCACAUCUUCUUGGCUGCUUUCAGAGACCGCGUCAACAUUGCCAAGUACCCCCCCGGAGACGUGUCCCUCCACAUCAAGGAGCUUGAAAUGACCGACAUUGGUUCAUUCAUUUGCUUAGUGGACUUGGAAGCCCAAAACAGGAGCAGAGUCACCAGAGAAAAGACCGUGCAGCUCAAGGUGGUAAAAGUUCCAGCCUCCAAGCCGUCCAUUGAAGCAAGCCGCCGGGAAUCCGUCCUGCCCAGUGGGACCCGGCUGAGUCUGACCUGCUCAGCCAGCGGAUCUCUACCCAUCUACUACCGAUGGUACAAGGAAGGGCCUGGGGAGGAAGCCGAGGAGCUGCGCAGGGGCCCAGUCCUUGCCUUCGAGGGCCUGCAGCGGUCAGACUCCGCCAGAUACUUCUGCACGGCAGAAAACAGGCUUAACACGCGAAAGGAGCAGAGCGACUCCUUUCAGCUGACAGUGAAAGAUGCUUCUGAAGUCUCCACUGCAGGACCAGCUGCCGAGUCAGGGGGAACCUCAACAGGCAGAGUGGCGACUUCAUCCACAGCUUUUGGGGACUCUCCAGGACAGCAGAAGGAAAGUAAGAAGAAAGAAAGGCUGGAGGAGGUCCCUGGAGCUCCGAGUGCCCAGAAGACACCUCUGCCACUGUAUAUCAUCAUCCUGAUCGCUGUGCUCUCUGCAGGUUUUAUCCUUAUGGUCAUCUCUGUGGUUUUCUGCAGAAGGAGAACUAAGAGUGAUAAUCUUUAUCAAGUAACAUACAACAACAAUGCCCUCACCUUGGAGGGCAAUGAAGCCAUCCCAGCCAGUCCAGGAGUCAACAACACCUGCCUGUAUGAGGCACCAAAUUCUACUUUCGGCAACAACUACACUAUGGAGCCGACCAAAGCUGCCGAGUACGUGACAAUGGGUGAAAAGGUGGACAACGAAUAUGAGAUCCUGGUAAUUGACAAGCAGCUGGGGAGGUGAUGGGCAACCUGGAACAGGGAAGGCUGCAUCUUGCGCUCUCUCCGUCUCCAAGAGCCGAGUGUUGAAGGACGUUCCUCUUGGACCCUCCACGUAUCAACUUGCCUUCUCCCGCCCUCCUCAACCGGUGGCCCUCCUGUCCAGCCUCCCAAAGGGGCUUCUUUCAGCCCAGCAAUUCCCCCCAGUCAGCAGUAGCCCCUUAGACUUUUCUCCCUGCCCAGGAGCAGCCGAUGCUGGGACAAGCAGGGCUUGUCUAAAAUAAAAAAUAUUGACACUAAAAUGUGCGUGUAUUUGGUUUUCUUGUUUGCAGUUGUCUAGAAUACACUUUCUGCCCUCUUCCAUCUGAUCAAAAACACAUUUGUCCUA